UAGAUACAUAUAGGUAACCCAUGUUUACAGCUUCAGUUUUCUAAAUGCUUUGUAGCACAUUUCAUGAAUAUGCUGCGGCGUUCAAGAUAUUCAAGUUACCAAUUCAUCCUAUUACCGUACAAACAACGCAGUUUUCUCGGAGCGCCAUGGCAGGAGCUGAAACCCCAAAAUUGGCAGGUUCAGAGUUGAGACAUGAUUCAAUUCUAAACAAAUGGGUUAUCAUUUCUCCUGCCAGAGGCAAACGCCCCUCUGAUUUUAAAUCUACCGUAAAUACUUCAAACCAAUCUGCAGGCCCCUGCCCGUUUUGUCUCCAUCAUGAACACGAAUGUGCUCCUGAAAUCUUCAGAAUCCCUGAAAACGUUUCGGAGUGGAAAGUAAGAGUUAUAAAAAAUCUCUACCCAGCUGUGUCAAUGGAGAACAGAGAAAAAGAACCCCACAUUGACUCAUGUGCUGACACUCUUCCUGGAUUUGGUUCCCAUGAUGUAAUUAUUGAGACUCCCGAUCAUGCUAUGACUUUGGCUAUCAUGCCCGACUUGAAUAUAUUUGAUGUUUUAUGUGCAUAUAGAACAAGAAUCCAACAGCUUGCCGGUAAUCUGCACAUCAAAUACAUUCAGGUAUUCAAAAACCAUGGGGAAACAGCAGGAGCAUCGAUGAAGCAUUCUCAUAGUCAGAUCAUUGCCCUUCCCAUUGUCCCAAGCAAUGUGGUUACCCGGCUCAACAAUGCCAAGGAAUAUUUUACCAGGACGAUGAAGUGCAAUCUUUGUGAGUACUUGAGCAGCGAGAUUCGGUCCAGAAAUUUGUUGCUAGAAGAAUCUUCCCACUUCAUUUCAUUUGUUCCUUUUGCAGCUUCAUUUCCUUUCGAGACUUGGAUUGCUCCUAAGGAGCAUGCUUCGCGUUAUGAGCAGAUAGAAGAUGAACAGGAUGCCGAUUAUUCUCAAUGUGCACCCUUGGGCGAUCAUGAAACCCUUGCAGCAGCUUGGGAGAGGAUCAAACAGCAGAGGCGCAAAUGGACGCCCGAGAUAAGAGCUGAAGUUAAAGCAGCCCUCCUAGCAGAACACAAACAUCUAACUAAAACAAAGACAGAACAACAAAACCCCCAAAACAUAAAAGAAACUGUUCAGACUUCAAGAAAAACAAAAGAACCAAUCUUGCUUACCACCAUAGUAGCUGAGCCAGUUCAUGUUCCUGUUGUAACUAAACUAGAUCCACCAAUUGUUCAACGAGAGCCUACUCCAGGCUACAGACUUCUAUCCUAUAUUGAACUUCCUGAUCAGGAGGAGCCCAUUACGGGCAGUGAGUGCAGUGAAGACAAUGAGAACAACUCUUAGAUAGGAUGUUUAUAUAUCAAUGUAAAUACAAUUUUGGUUUGAACUUGUUAAAUCCAAUGUAAACAUAAUUUUGGAAAAAAAAAAACAAACAUUUUUGUUGUGUAA